AGAUGUCGAUUCGGUCAUGUGAUCAGCUGUGUCCAAUCACAGCUGAUCGCAUAGCCACCUGUCAGUGUCCAUCAAUGCCAGCUGUCAGUGCUCAUCAAUGCCACCUGCCAGUGCUCAUCAGUGCCUCAUCAAUGCCACAUAUCAGUGCCUACCAGUGCACAUCAAUGCCACAUAUCAGUGCCCAUCUGAGCUGCCUUUCAGUGUCACCUAUCAGUGCCAGUCAGUGCCACCUAUCAAUGCAAGUCAGUGCCGCCUGUCAGUGCUGCCAAUCAGUGCCACCUAUCAGUGCCAGUCAAUGCUGCAUAGCAGUGCCAGUCAGGGCCGCCUAUCACUGCGCAUCAGUGCCACCUAUCAGUGUCCGUCAAUGCUGCCUAUCUGUGACGUCUAACAGUGCCACCUAACAGUGCCAGUCAGUGCCCGCCUAUCAGUGCCAUAUAUGUGUGCUGCCUUUCAGUGCUCAUCAGUGAUGCCUGUCAAUGCCCAUCAGUGCCACCUACCAGUGCCUCCUUAUCAGUGCCCAUCAGUGCUUCCUAUCAGUGCCCAUCAGUGCAGCCUAUCAGUGCUCUUCACUGCAGCCUCAUUACUGCACAUCAGUGAAUGAGAAGAAUUACUUAUUUACAAAAUUU